ACUUCGGUAAGGACAGUUCAGAAGUUGACGUGCUAAUAUCAUUUCACACCACCAACCACCUCAUAAUGAAAACUUCACCAAAACCCACCACAAGCUUCUACAAAACCCAUUGAAAAAUUGUGUUUCUUUCUAUAUUCACCUUAAAAUCUAUUAUUUACAAGGCCGAAUUCGCCUGAUCUUUAAUCAUUUCUAAAGUUCAAACGGAUUUUGCUUCGUCCUUUGGUAAAUUUUACUUAUUUCAUUCAAAGUGGGCUUUGUUCAACCUUUUUUUCCGUUUCCGCCGAUAUUCAGUUUACUGACUCUGUAACUACUUACAACGCCAAACUGCAUACGGUUAAGAGUAACCAAGUCUACUUUUAGACCCUUUCCCCAAAAAAAAAAGGAAUAAAAAAGGAGAAAGGUAAUUUUCUGCCUUCUUCCAUUACAACUACUUCCUCUCAUUCUUUUUCAAUUCCUCCCCUAAUCUCUAUUUGUUUUUUCUCUUGUUUUAUUUUUCUUCUCCAUCAUGAGGUUUCGUUGUGCUACCCCUUCCUUAAUCUUGCUACUUGUAGCCAUUGUAUUUUUCGUCCUGUCCAUCUGUACCGCUCCGCUGUCCAAGAAGAUUGGUCUUUCCAAAUAUGACGAUGUUCUUUUAGGUACCUUUGGAUACUGCAAGGGCGACCACUGUAGCAAAACUAUGGUUGGCUAUAAGAUGGACUAUUUAAACGACAAUGUCUCUUCCGGUUUCCGUACCUCCACUGAAGUUCGUCAAAGAGCUUCUUACGGUCUCGUGUUGAUUCCAGUCGCUGCUUGCAUUUGCGCUUUUGCCACAAUCUUGCUAUUGUUUGCCCAUAUCGGUCGUAUCUCCCGUUCCCCUGGCUUUUUCAAUUUUGUCGCCAGUGUUAUCUUCUUUAAUGUUUUCAUUACCGCUAUCGCCUUCGUCAUUUGUGUUAUUACUUUUGUUCCUCACAUUCAAUGGCUCUCGUGGCUUGUGCUUGCAAAUGCCGGAAUUCAAUUGAUUGUUCUUUUCUUGUUGUUGAUUGCCCGUAGACAGGCCGUCAAAGCCCAAGCCAAGCAUAUUCGCCGUUCUCAUGCCGACAGCAUGGCUUACAAUCCUUACUCCCUUCAAAACAACAGCAACCUCUUCUCUACUUCCUCUCGUACCGGUGACCUUCCCAAGUUUGCUGAUUACAGCAUGGAGAAACCUGCCUACGACUCACUUCCUGAUUACGAUGGACUAUCUCACAAACGGGGUGAUUCCGUUACAAAGUUGAAGCCUACGGUAAGCGGUGACAGCCGUUCGUUGUCCUCCUACGCUCCUGAACCUGCUUCACAAUCAUCUGGAUUCAGAUUUCCUUUUAUGCGUAACAGCAGCAAACAAAAUGCUCCUGAAAAUCCAUUUAAAGAUCCUGAAAAUCCUUUCAAGGACCCACCUCCAAAUCCCUGGUCUAUCGAAGACAUCAAGCCUCCAAAGUAAUGAUCUCCUUUAACAUACAUGUCUGAAAUAUAUGCUCGAUGAGUCUUUACUUUGCCUUCGAGCUAUGACAAUGAUUUUUUUAUUUCGUACUUUUUAUCUUUAUCUUUUUUACAUUUAAGUCAUCGGUUUUGUUAUUUUGUGGUUUGUUAUUUAUAUACUUAAAUGGGGUGUUGUCUCUAUAUAUUCUUAGAAGCGAAAUGUGUUCUUUCGUGAUUUGUUGUUGAUUUUUUUAUUAAUUCCUAUUUUAUGAAUUUUUAUUUUUUCCUGUAAUAUUAUCACUUGAGUUUCAUAUGAAUUGUUACUUUUUUUUAAAGCUCACUACAAUGACAGUACUGGAAUCGUCCAUAAAAUUAUGUGGUUGUGCGUAUUUAAAUAGAGUACAAAAGUUUAGAUCGUAAUAUAUUAAUGUAUAACGUUC